CCUGCCCGGAACAUAAUUAAAGAAGAAUUCCUCUCAUCAUGUCGAGGCAUAUGCGUUUCAUCGCUCGGACAGUCAUGGUUCAAGAUGGUAACAUCGACGCGGCGUACAAGAUUUUAAACAGGGCCCUGACCAAUGAUGGAAUUAUGGACGCGGUGAAGCGCAAGCGCUACUUCGAGAAGCCCUGCCAAGAACGACAGAGGAAGAACCAUGAGCGAUGCAAGCAAAUAUACAACAUGGAAAUGGCCCGAAAAAUUAACUUCGUCUCUAGGACAAAUAGAGAAGAUCCCUGGGUGGGCUGCUAGAGGAUGGAGUUUAAGAAAGGACGUCAUCUGUGGAUCGACCGGACCAAGUGGAAGGAGGAAAAGGGACUUUGGAACAUUUUCACAAUAGUGACUGCAGAGUGCUCAAGUUGUAUAACAUCAAAAACAAUUGUGUAAAUGGGUAUUGAUGGCAAUUUCUUCUCUCAACUUUGAAAAUAAUACUCAGACUUUUGAUUUAACCAACAACUUUGUUGCAGAUGUUUUUUUUGUGCAUGUAAAUGAGGGUUUGGUUCAUUCAGCGUCACUACUGUACAAUGUGGUGUUUAUAUCUCCACACAAACUCCCAAAACUGGAGCUUCAGGUAGAUGACCUGUAUUUAAUACUCAAAGAUGGGCCUUUUAAAGGAUCAGGUCGCCUAAUGUUAUAAACAAAUAAAGUCUAGUGGCAUCUC